GACCAGGACAAAAACCAAGGCGGCAGUGACAGGAACCAUGGCAACAACCAGGAUGGCAACAAGGACCAGGAAAAUAAGAAGAAACAGGGUGACAACCAGGACAACAGCAGCAACAACGACAACCAGGACAACAGCAGCAACAACAACCACCAGGACAACAGCAACAAUGACAACCGCAACAACAACCACCAGGACAACCACACGCACGGCAACAACGACAACCACAAGCAGCAGGACAGCAGCAACAACGACAACCACAACAACCAGAACAACGGCAACAACAAUGACAACCCCAACAACCAGGACGGCAACAACAAUGACAACCCCAACAACCAGGACGGCAACAACAGGAACCAGGGCAACAACCAGGACGGCAACAACAGGAACCAGGGCAACAACCAGGGUAGCAACACCGAGAACCAGAGCAAGAACACGGGCAGUAAUGGCAAUAACCAGCCCAACAACCAGGGUAAUCAAAUGGGCUCAUUGACAGAUAAAAAUGUACCACCACAAUUAACCUCCUCCGCUGAUGGGGGCAACAGCUUUUCAGGCAAUGGAAAAAGCCCCAAAAAGGAAGAGGAUGGGGCUGAAGAAGGCAGCAAUGGUUCUUCCUUUAGCAAAGAGAGAGAGAAGAGCAUUCCUUCUCCCCCCAGGGACCAGUCAGAGAGCAGCCACUUCUUCGCCUAUCUGGUGACCACGGCUAUUAUCGUUGCUGCCUUAUACGUAGCGUAUCACAACAAGCGCAAGAUCAUUGCUUUUGCUCUGGAAGGGAAAAGAUCGAAAAGUGGUCGACGGCCCAAAUCUGGCGAUUAUCAGAGACUGGAUCAAAAGAUCUAG